AUGAAUUGCUUCGAACAUCUUUCUAACGAACUGUUGUUGGAUAUUUUCGAAUUCAUAAAUCCUCGGCAUUUAUUUUAUCAUUUUUGGAAUAUCAAUUCACGUUUAAACAAUCUGCUUCUCUCAAUUAAACACCUACGACUUGUUAUUGAUGAAACAGAAAGCCACGAACUAAUCAGUGCACUAGCUCCUCAUGCAGGUCUUUUAACGGUAAACACAUGGGAUGAUAUUGAUUUACAUAAAUUUCGUAACUUAUAUUCAUUAAAAUUGGCUCGACCAACACAAAUACAAUUAAAACAAAUUCGAGCUGAUACCAUGCCAAAUUUGACAUAUCUUUUAUUAUCACCAAAUGUNGUAAACACAUGGGAUGAUAUUGAUUUACAUAAAUUUCGUAACUUAUAUUCAUUAAAAUUGGCUCGACCAACACAAAUACAAUUAAAACAAAUUCGAGCUGAUACCAUGCCAAAUUUGACAUAUCUUUCAUUAUCACCAAAUGUAUAUUUCUCUGCUCCUAAACAACUUAUCAGUGAUGCAUUUUCAGGGGAAUUUCGUCAUCUUCGUUGGGCUCGAUUCGGUCAUAUCGAUUCUUACGAUCCUCUAUGCCGCUUUCAAUCAUUGUCUCUUCGUUAUCUUCAUAUCGGUUGUUAUCAUACAACUCUAAUUCCUUUUGUUCUAGCGACAUGUCCAAAUUUGCAGCAACUCAAUGUUGAUUGUUUGCGUUCUGGAGACAAAACCAUGUAUUCACCAGCAAUGAUUGAUAAUCAUCUGCUUCAACAAAUCAUCGGACCGAUUUGA